AGAUGGCAUUAUAAAAGGAAAAGAAGUUUAUCCACAUUCUAAACCCUAUAUGGCAUUUCUGAAUAUCACCACGUAUGACAACAACAUGACAUCAACAGCUCGAUGUGGUGGAAUCCUGAUAAGUGAAGAAUUUGUCUUGACAGCAGCUCAUUGUGCCGAAUCGCAAGCAUCUUGGAUCUCAACUAAGAGAAAAGCAUAUAGCAAAAUUGUUGUGAUAUUGGGAGCUCAUAAUAUUGAUGAGCAGGAACAAUCGCAGCAGAAGAUUGGCGUCUGUGAGCAAAUUAAGCCCCCAGAGUACAGCACUCAACGCGAUGAACACGACAUUAUGCUGCUUAAGCUGAUGAAGAAAGCAGUGCCAAAUCAAUAUGUUUUGCCCAUACGGCCCAGGCAAAGUGGACCAAAGCUAGAGCCUCACAAUCUUUGCAAUGUUGCUGGAUGGGGUAGAAUUAAUACAUUCAAUGACAAGAUGGCAUCAAAGCUACAGGAACUUAACAUGACAAUAGUUGCACCAGAUGAGUGUGCUAAAGCUUUUCCACGUGUCAAUACCAAAAAAUGUAUCUGUGCCAAGAAUACAGAUAAAAAAUCCUCCUGUCGGGGGGAUUCUGGUGGUCCUCUCUUUUGUAACCAGUAUCUUCAUGGGCUUGUGAAUGGUGGUAAUGAAAAAUGCACUGGUCCUCGUCUUUUUACCAAUGUUUUCUCUCAUAUUGAGUGGAUCAAUAAAAUCCUAAAAAACCCAAAAUGCAAGAAGGAAAGCUAAUGCUUGUCAGCACAGAAACCUACUACCAAAGCAUAAACAGAAUCUAGAAUUUACAUUAGAGGUUACACACUGUGAGUUACACCUUAUUGUAAUAUCUUCUCCUCGCAUUUACAGAACAAGGAAAACAAAUGAAAAUAAAAGACAAUAUGACCCUC